GUUUGUGUGAUGGAGAGUUAGGGAGAGUGAGCUUAGAAAAGGAACAUACUUUCUCUUGUGCCCUUUAUGCUGGUCUGCCUGAAACAUAGAAAGUUUUCUCUCUCCCUCCAAAGUUUAUGAUAAAACUGUGUGGUUCUUGACAAUUUACAAGCUUUUUCUUUGUUUCUUAUGGAUUUGCUGCUUUAGCUUCGGUAUUAGGCUUAUGAAAUCAACCCACAUCUUCAAUGGACAGCAACAUGAGAUCUCCGUUGUGGGACUGGGAACAUUUGAUCAUGUCCAACUCUUCAAAGACUGAAAAUGACAAAAGACAGCCAUCUAAUGAUUGGGAGAUUGAGAAAGGUGAAGGGAUUGAAUCUAUAUUCCCCUCUUUCUCUGGCCUUGAGAGAGUCAGUAGUGGCUCUACCACCGGUCUCUGGCACUCCGCUCUAUCGAAAAGCUCACAGUCCACCUCCACCAACUCAUUAUCUCCCAUAAUUAGACAAACCAAGCUUACAUCAGAAAGUUCCCCUGGAGAUUCUUUCAGCAACAUAGAUUUUGUCCAGGUGAAGACAUCUACACAGCUCUCUGCUGCCUCUACUGAAUCAGAUCUUUGUUUAAAACUAGGAAAGCAGACGUACUCUGAAGACUUCUGGGAUAGAAGCAAUAAUGACAUUUCAGCCGUUUCCAUGGAGCUGUUGACUCCUUCUGUUGUUGCUCGUAAGAAAUCCAAACCGUGUGGUCAGAGCAUGCAAGUCCCUCGUUGCCAAGUUGAUGGCUGUGAACUGGAUCUCUCAUCUGCUAAGGAUUAUCAUCGCAAGCAUAGAGUCUGCGAAAAGCAUUCAAAGUGCCCAAAAAUUACUGUGGGUGGCCUUGAACGUCGAUUCUGCCAACAGUGUAGCAGGUUGCAUGCCGUCUCUGAAUUUGAUGAGAAGAAACGAAGCUGCCGUAAACGUCUCUCUCAUCACAAUGCAAGGCGUCGCAAGCCACAAGGAGUUUUUCCACUGAAUCCACAGAGGGAUUGCAAUCCAAGACAGCAUUCAAAUAUGUUGUGGAAUGGGUUGUCCCUUAACACCAGCUCUGAUGAAAAGUAUGCUGCAUGGAGUCCCACUUAUGAUACAAAGCCUACAGAGAUGGAAAACGGCUUUACCUUGAGCUUCCAGAGAGGCCGUGGCCCUGAGGAGCAGCUGUAUGCUGGUAGUAGCCGAUCGUUCUCUGCGUUUCAAACCUCUGGAGGGUUCUCAGCAGGGAAGUCAAGCUCUCAACUUCCAGACAAAGGUGUAGGUGAAUACUCAGGAGGCCUCCAUGAGUCGCAAGACUUCUACAGUGCUCUCUCUCUUCUGUCAACGUCUUCGGAUUCGCAUGGGAACAAACACAAUCCCAUCGUCGAACCACAGCCAACACAUGGCACUUUCCCUACCCACUUCAUAUGAAUAAAGAAUGGGAAGUCACUCCGUUAUAAGUCAGGUUGCAUCCGGUGGUAGUUUCUUUUGGAAUAAAAUAAGAAUGUGUAACGUACAUUGCUUGAGCGAAACCAGUUACAUGCCUAUUUAGUUAACUUCUUGGAUCAUGCUGUAUUGUAUUUGUAUUGUAGACUUCUUGAAUUCUGUUGAAUGUAAGCUUCG